AGUCCCUUCUCUUCCUCGCUGCGAUCGCCUCCGGUUCGCUUCGUCAUGGCGUCGGAAUCGGACCAACCCUCUCAUCCUCCGGCGCCGUCCGCCCCGGUUUUCACCCUAUUUAUCGAUUCCAACAUCGACACUCACAUCGCCUUGUCCGUACCCCCUGCCGACACCGUCGCCGACGUCAAGCGAAAAAUUAUGAUUGAGCACAUGUUAUGCUUUCCAGAUGUUGGUCAAGUAACAAUCCAGGCACUGAAGGUGAAACGCAGAGGUGCCUUCUAUCAUUUAUCAGACACCAUGCCUGUCAGAUGUGCUUUUGAUGGGAGUAAGGGUACUUGGUUUCUUCAUGCUGAUGUUAUUGCUAAAUCAAGCUCAGAACACCAAGGUGACAACACAGAACAUGUUGUAGAUGAUAAUAAUAAGCAAUUCGGUGGGGACUUUCAGCUUCAAGUGAAGCUUAGUGAACAUUUGAAUGAGGAUGGGCCACUGAACAAAACCGACUUUUACAUCGAUGACAAUAUGAAUUUCCAUGAGAAUCAAUGCAAAUUGACUGAUCAUACUGGUUUUUCAGUACCCAAACCUAUGAGUUGCCAAAUUGAAAGCCUUGUAGAUAUGGCUAAUGAUCAGCUUGCUGCUGCUAAUCAGAAUGCAGAUGGCUCCAUCCAAUCGUGUCACCUAGAGAGGCAGGAAAUUGAUAAGGAUGCUCAGUUGCAUGCAUUAGAACCGAUUGAACAAGAAGCUGAAUUGCCCACAGUUUCUAAUCCUGAUAUGUUCGCUGAUCAAGUCAAAGGCAAGAAACUAGAAAAAUUAUCUGGAUCUGAAGUUUUGGAGAAUACUAUCUCUACUGAUGUCCUCAAGGAAGAGACAUCUAAAAAGCGGAGUGAUGUUGAAGAUUUGCAUUUAGACUCGGGCAUGGCUAGUUUAUCUCUCCCAGAAGAGUUGUCUGGUAAUUUACAUGAUGGUGACUCUACUUUGAUGGAACGCCUAACAAAUGAUAAAAAGAAACGGAAGAAGAAAAGUCGGUCAUCUAGGUCAAAACUAGCUGAAGCUGACUACACAGUGCCAUCGGAUAACGACAUCAGAGAUUUUUUUGACAGUGCUAAGGAACAAAACAAUGAAAAGCAACCUGCACUGGAGAAGAGUGAUGUCAUUGGUUUUGUUUCUGAUGUUAUGAAAAAUAAUAACGAACAUUCUGCUGAUGAAGAUUCUGUACAAGUGGACAGUUCCAAAAGAAGAAAACUUUCACCGGAUAUUGACAAUGAAAGAUUGCCAAAAAUUUCAGAAUUGAAUCACUUUUCAAGCAUGGAUAGCAUGGCGGUUGGGACUCAUACACUUCCGGUCAAUGUUACUUUGUCUUAUCCAGAAGAAUUGUCUCAUACGUUACCUGAUGCUGACUCUAGCAUAAUAGAACAUCUCACUGAUGAUAAAAGAAAGAAGAAAAAGAGAAGACAGUCAUCUAAGUCUCAAACUGAUUUUCCUAUUCCUACGGAUAACCAUGUAAAAAUCUUUCCUAGCAUUGGUACAGAACAGAUCAUGGAAGAUGGAGUCACAUCAGAAACUAUUGAGACUAUUGGUUUUGUUCCUGAAGUUAAGGUAGGCAAUAAUGAAGGCACAACUGUGGACAACCACAAAGAUAUGAUAAAUAAGUUAGUUGGCACAACUGAGAAAGCUUCUGAAAAUGUAGCUUCUCUAAAGGUAGAAAAUUCCUCAAAAAGAAUUGCCAGUACAGAUUUCAGCAGUGAAAGUAUGGUAAAAGGUGAACAUUCCAAUCAGAUCUCAAGCAUGGCAGGCAAGAUGGUUGAGUCUGAUGCUGAAAAAGUUGUCUUUGCUAAUAGUCGUAAAAAUAUCGUUGAAGAAUACAAUGUUGCACCUGUUGUAAAAGAAGCAGAUCCAUUUAGCAAUACCAGAAAAAAAAGAUCAAGAAAAAGCUUAUCUAAAGAUGUAUCAGAUAUCAAUGAGCCUGCAGAAUCUGCCAACAAGGAGAAAGAAGCUCCGAGUCGAGAUGAUACGGCAAAGUUAGAGUUAGAAAAACCUUUUGCUGAUAACGAUGGAAAAUCACAUAGCAUGAGGACAAAAAAAUCUAAGAAAAGUGAUUCAAAAAACGUACCUAGAGAUGUAUCAGAUAUCAAUGAGGCUGCAGAACUUGCCAUUAAUCGGAAAGAAGCUCCCAAUCAAUAUGAUACCACAAAGUUACAGUCAGAAAACCCUUGUGCUGGUGAUGAUGGAAAGUCACAUAGCAAGAGGACAAGAAAAUCUGAGAAAGUUGAAUCAAAAAAGUUAUCUAAAGAUGUACCAAAUAUCAAUGAGCCUGCAAGAUUUGCCAAUAACCAGAAAACAGAUCUCAGUCAAGAUGAUACUGCAAAGGUACAGUCAGAAAACCCUUCUGCGGAUAAUGAAGGAAAGUCAUGUCGGAGGAGGACAAGACAAUCUGAGAAAAGUGAUUCAAAAAACUUAUCUAAAGAUGUAUCAGAUAUCAAUGAGCCUGCAGAACUUGCCAAUAAUCGGAAAGAAGCUCCUGAUCAAUGUGAUACUGCAAAGUUACAGUUGGAAAACCCUUCUGCCGGUGAUGAUGGAAAGUCACAUAGCAAGAAUACAAGAAAAUCUGAGAAAGUUGAUUCAAAAAAGUUAUCUAAAGAUGUACCUGAUAUCAAUGAGCCUGCAGGAUUUGCCAAUAACCGGAAAGAAGCUCUCAGUCAAGAUGAUAUUGCAAAGUUACAGUCAGAAAACCCUUCUGCUGAUAAUGAUGGAAAGCCAUGUCGCAGGAGGACAAGACAAUCUGAGAAAAGUGAUCCAAAAAACUUAUCUAAAGAUGUAUCCAAUGCCAAUGGACCUGCAGAACUUGCCAAUAAUCAGAAAGAAGCUCCUGGUCAAUAUGAUACUGCAAAAUUACAGUCAGAAAACCCUUCUGCUGGUGAUGAUGGAAAGUCAAAUAGCAAGAGGACAAGAAAAUCUGAGAAAGUUGAUUCAAAAAAGUUAUCUAAAGAUGUACCAAAUAUCAAUGAGCCUGCAGGAUUUACCAAUAACCGGAAAGAAGCUCUUGCUCAUGAUGAUACUGCAAAGUUACAGUCAGAACCUUCUGCUGAUAAUGAUGGAAAGUCAUGUCGCACGAGGACAAGACAAUCUGAGAAAGUUGAUUCUAUGAAUUUUAAAUCUGGUAAUUCUAUAUCUGUUCAUUCUUCAGUAAACCUAGCAAAAAGCUACGACAAGGACAAAUCAAAUCAAGACCAACAAGCAUUGAGAGAUUCAGCAUUUCCUACUAAAUCUGAUGAUAAAAAGUCACGCCGCAAUAAGAAAAAAUCUUCCAAUGUUGUACUUCAAGAUAAUGAACCUCAUCCAAACGACUCUUCUAACUCUCUGGUUGGCAAAAGUGCUGGGGACACUGCCAGAUUAAGUAAAGAACCUAACUCACUAGCUACUGAUGACAAAGCUGCAGCUUCUGGAAUCUCCGUAAAAGGACAUGAUCAUGGAAAAGGUGGAGCUUCAAGCACCACUCUGGAAAAUCUAACCGAUCUACUUCCAAAGAAUAUUGCUUCUCAAGGAACUGAAGAAUCUGUGGAAGCACAUCAAGAUGAGAAAUUUCCUGGUGUUGACAAUAAUGAAAUUAACUUUAUUGCUGUGUUUCCUCCAAAUUCCAUCCAGGAUGAACCUGGUGUUUCUGCUGAUCAAGUUCUGCCAGCUGAGACUAAACCCAAGAAACAACCUAAGGGCAAGAGGAAAAACAAGUCAAACAAGCAUGAGUCAGCUCAUGAUUUUGCUUAUCCUUCAGAAUCAGAGAAGCUGGAUGUGAAAAAAAGUAGCACUAAUUGUGGCCUGGUCAAGCAGGAUUCAGCUGAUCCAUCUGGCAAAUCUAGUUUUGAGCUUUGCCAGAAAGGAAAAGAACAUAAUGAUUCUUUUAAUCUGACAGCUGAUUCUACUAGGGAUGAUGGUACUAUUUCAUCUGACUAUAUGCCUCAUGUUGAAAGUGUUAAGCAGACGAUCGAAGCCAAUAGAUCAGACACUUACCACCAGAUAUCAGAAUCACAGUUUCAGAAUGGCAAUCAUGCCCACUACUCCAAUGAGAAGACCUUUCUGAAGAGUGCGACUGAAUCUCAUGUCCAAGUGGAAAAGGAAGAAAAUUUUAAUUUAGGGCUACAUGCAGUUCAGAACCAGUCUAAGCCUUCUGGUGGCACCAUUGAUGAGGAAACACAUGCUGGUCUUGCCGCUUCAAGUGACAGUACAGAGGAAAACACACCAGUUCAAACUAAAAGAUACAGGCUUGCAGUUAGGAAAGUUCCUAGAAGUAUGGGGAAGAAAUCAAACAAUCAUAAACCAAAGACCUCUUUUCUAAUCCCAAGUGCCAUAUUUGAUAAUGCUGUGGAUGAAAGUUCUGAGGAUGAUCUUAUUUUCAGGAAUAGUGAAGCAACAGCAGCCAUCUCGGAUUCUUCAUCAACCGACUCAGAAGGAUCUAAAACUCCAGAGCAUCAUGGUAAACAUGAGGGAAGUGACGGAGAAGAUAUCUUUCUAUCACAAUCAUCAAUCAUUUCCACAAAGAACAUGCCUCUUGAUACAAUACUCAAAUCUUCUAGCAGCUACAAAAAGGCCAAGCUUCUGGCCUCUCAAUCACAAGCUGAUGACUCUGAAAGCCAACCUGUUGAUGUCGUCCUGUCAACUCAACCUGAAUAUUGAUCUUGCGCCACGCUGAACAUCUUUGGCUAGGUAUCACGAAUUAAGCUUUUUUGGAACACUCAAGUGAUGUGAGGAGCAGCAACAAAGUAGUUUUUUUUGUGGUGUGCCAUUUUAAUGAUCUGGACAAUCAAUGGCCAUUGACUACUGCUGCUCUGAUACAAUUAGCUAAUUAUCUUGGUGCUUGCAAGUUUGUUCUGGUUUUAACUACAUUUUGCGCUGAAUCGAAAUACUUCUAUAAACAAUGUUGUAGUUUGCAAGUAUUGAAAUUUAUAAUGAGAUUUUUUUUUUCUUUUUGUUAA